UAUAUUUGCACGAGAUGAAUAGUGGAGGCUGGUUGGUGAUGAUAUUGAGGGCGUUUUUCUCAAUUUUGCUUCCUCAAUAAAUUCAGCUACAAAUAACAAUCAUAAAAUUCCUGAUUUUCAGCGCAUUUUUUCACUCUUCUCCGUCGCGCUUAUUGGCGUCGUCGAUUCAUCUUCAACAUCCCUAAAUCUCCCCAAAUUGUGGCUGUCUGCAAUUUCAAUUUCAAGCCCUAAAUAAGUUCUAUUGCAGAAUUUUGGGUUGUAUAUAUGUAUUUGAGUGGAGAUUAUGAGGUUGUUUAAGAGACUCGCGGGGUUGCUAGGGUUAGGGAAAGACGAAGACCAGCAGCACCGCGACGGGGACACUGCUGCUGAGACAACCGCUCCGCCUCCCUUCUCUGUUCCAUCCGCAGCGGCAGCUACUGCUUCAGCUCAGCAUCUCCCACGCAGAGGCUUCAGUGUUCCUGUUCAGGUCCCCGUCGAGCGGGGCCCACCUGCUCCUCUUCUCGUAUUUUGCCCCUCCGGAGAUGGUGGAGUUCAGGGCUUGAGGUGGUAUGCGAGGCGCCUUAGAAUGGAUGAAGAUGGAGAUGUUGCUGAUGAGUUCCUUGAUGAAGUGUCAGCAGAUACGUCAAGAAGUGGGGAAGCACAUGAGAGACCAGCCCCAAGGUUUGAAGUGAAGAACAGCACGAAACCUGCCAGAGUGAGGAAUUUGGCAUUGCUACCUAACGGUAAAAUUCAACAUCAGGUGGAGCACCAAGGCAAGCUGGAGUGGUUGUAACUGACCUCUGAGAAGGCAUCAGUUACGUUACGAGAUUGGUUUUCCAUCUUAUUUAUGCUGGUCCAAGUUGUCUUAACACUGACUGUACCAUGAUUCCUUUAGAGGAGAUAAAGGGACUGCUGUGUGUCGACAUUCUUCUUCAAUAUUGUCGUUCUCAUUACAAUUCAUCGAUUGGGGAAUGUGCAAGAGACAAUGGUCCACUGCAAUGCAACUGUUUAUCAUCACAAGUUCUUUUGCACAACGCCAAAUUGUAACCUUAAAACCUUGGAAUUAUUAUUGUAUACAGGUUAUUGAGAGUUGAGGUCAUGUUAUGCGACCUCUCGACUCAUUUCUUUUGUCUUGUGUUUGUAAUACUGAAUAUUCUGGUGUUUAUGGUGAUUAAAGAUUGCAUGCAA